AUGCCGCCUACGGACGGAGCAACCCCCACGAUCCCCGACACGCCCGCCCCGCCCGCCCCGCACACCUGCUGCUGCAGUGGCCUCCGUGGCGGAUACAUCCUCCUGCCCCUCCCGGGUAUGCGCGACGUCCUCGCCCUCGCCGUCGGGCUAUGCGCCCUCGCAAUCCUGCUUCCCGUUGCGCGCGAGCGUCUCGGCGCCUACCUUGCGUAG